AUGGUAUCAGAAAAAUGUCAGAUAGUUUGCUCAAAUGAAGAGCAAUGCGUAAAUGAUUCAGAUGCAUUAUGUUUACAUUGUCAUUUGUAUGUUUGUGUAAAUCAUUUUCUACAACAUCAAGAAACGUUAAAAUGCAAAGAAGAAUACGAUUUUUUAAUUAAAAAAACAAUGGAAAGAAAAUUAGUUCUAGAAUCGUUGACAUCAACAAGUACUGAACAAAAUCGUUUACGUUCACAACUUGACGAUUGGUUCGAGCAAUUGAACACUAUUUACAAAAAAAAAUGUGAAGAAAUUGAUCAUCUCACAACAAAUAAUGAUAAAUUUGAUCGAAUAAAAUUAGAUUAUUUACAUGAUAUGAACGCUUUUUUAUUGAAACAAACAAAAAAACAAAAUGUGUGUUCUAGUGAUUUAAAAGAUGUUAAAUUAUAUUUAACAAAACUAAAUGAAUCAAUUGACAUAUUAACAAAACUAUCAACAGGAAAUAAAACGUUAACAUUUGAGAAUUUGAUGGAUGGUAUUAAUCUAUAUUCCACGACAACAAAUGCACUAAACUCUUCUACUGAUUUUCCCGUCAAAACUGAGCCAUCAUUCGAAGACAGCGACAGUGUUAAUUUGGCAUUAUUUAAUAUAGAAAAUGAUUACGUUACGCAAGAUAAUUCAUUUAUGAGUAUGAAUAAUAAUGAACAACGGCAAAUAAUUACUGAAACUGAUAAUAAUGACGACUUGCAAGAUGAUUUAAAUGAAGAAAAUGAACCACAAAUACAAGAAGAUUCAAUGCAAAGCGAUAAUGAAAAUAUACAAGAUAAAGAUGAUCAACCGAGGUCCCACCUAAUUCGCUCGUUUAAAUCAGAUAUAUGUCCAUUUAUAUCAACCAAAUUAAUAUUCGGUAUUCGUAAGGAACAUAAUGUAAAUAAUAUACCUUGUAACCAACGUCAUCGAUCAAAAGCAUUUGGAUUAUCUUUUCAUUUACAAGAUUAUCAUGAUCUUAGCUAUCAAUCAGCAACAAAAAUUGUUAAAUUAAUAAUGAGUGCGAAUGAUUCAGCUGUCGAUACCGCUAUUGAUUUAUUCUCUCGAGAAAAAACAAUUAUUUUUCCAUUAGUACAAUCGUAUAAAGCAGAAUGUCCUUUGAAAACAUACAAUGUGUACGGUAUCACAAAAAAUCAUAAAACAAAACUGUGUCAAGGAGAACAUUUGCAUUUAAAACAUCAUUUUAUAGUUUAUCAUGAUUUAUCAUCAGCAUGUGCAACAAAAUUAGUUAAAGCAAUAAUGAAUAAAACAAAUAAAAAUGUACAAAUAUUUCAAGCUAAUGAAACUAUUAUUGAAGAAAAGCUACAAUGUUCUUUAAUACUGAAUAAUUUAGAAUCAUAUGGUAUUACUAAAAAGAUUGUAACAAAUACACCAUGUUCAGCAAUAUUGAAAAGAAAUUAUUUACAAAAGCAUAUGAAAACCGCUCAUCAUUUCACAUCUACGGCAAUAAAGAAAAUAUUAGAUGGUUAUGGAAAAAAUCAAAAAGAAAAAUCAUUCGAAUGUAACGAACGAACUGUGGAAAGAUCAAAAGUAUCGAAAAAAUUAAAACGUCUCAAUGCAAAAAAGAAAAAGUGGCGUAUAAUGAAAUCGACAGAUUCCAUAAAGAAGAUAAAACAAACGGCUUCAUUGAACAACAAAGUUAUUGAUAAAAAGUUAACCAAGAAAAAGUUUAAAACGAAUAAUAAAAAGCCAAAACAACCUGUUGAUUUUGAAGUGAAAGUACCAAGAAUUAUUGUCAGAAAUUUAAGUUUUAAAGCAACAGAAGAUGUUUUGAAAAAAACAUUCGAAAAAUGUGGUGAAAUCAUUGCUGUGUCUCUGGUCGUUAAAAAUGGAAUUCCAAAAGGUUUUGGUUUUAUAACAUUUGUGGAUUUAAAAAAUGCUGAAACAGCUGUACAAACAAUGAAUGGUAAAAAUAUACUAGGUAGACCGAUAGCCGUUGAUUGGUCAUUGCCGAAAAAUAUUUAUGAACGAAUGCAAACAAAAGAUACGAAUGAGGUAAAACCAAAGAAAGAUAAACAAGAAGCAAUUUCAUCACCAAAAGAUGAUAGUUAUGGGUUUCAUUCAGUACCGUCACUUAAAAAUGAAGACAAAAAAAGCGUUGCUAAGAAAAGAAAACGAACAAAAACUGAUGAUGAUGAUGAAGUACAAGAAGGAGAAGAAAAAGAUCAAGACGAAGAUAAUAACAUGGAACACGAUACUGAUGUGAAUGAUAAAACAAUAGCGAAAGAACAAAAAGAUGCAGCAUCUCGUUCAACUACUGAGCCUAGUCGUGAUGUUCGCGAGCAGCGAACCAUAUUCGUUCGUAAUUUACCAUUUGACACAACUGAUGACGAAUUGAAAACUUUAAUGUCAACUUAUGGCAAAGUUGUCAAUUGUAAAUUAGUUAUUGAUCCUGUUUCUCUACAUCCACGUGGUACAGCAUUUAUACAAUAUGCAACAUCUAAUGAAGCUCAACAAUGUUUAGUACAACAACAAGCUUCAUCACCGUUAAUUCUUAGAAGUCAAGAAAUAAAAUUAGAUUUAGCUAUGGGACGACAACAAUUAACAACAGCAUUAAAAAUACGACAAGAUAAAACAACUACAAAACGAUCACAUCGAAAUUUAGAUUUGGCAAAAAUUGGAGUCAUUUUAGAUCCUCAACAAUUAUCUGAGGCUGAUUUACAUAAACGACAAAAUUUAGAAGAUCAAAAAAAAUUGAAAUUAAAAAAUGCCAACCAUUUUGUAUCACGUACACGUUUAACUAUUCAUAAUUUACCAACACGAAUAACUGAUGAACUGUUGAAACAAAUUAUUUUCAAACAAUUUGAAAAUGAAAAAAUCAUUGUAAAAGAAUGUCGAAUUAUGAAAAAUAAUAAUGUAGGAAAAUCACUAGGUAUUAAUGAUAAUUUUUUAUUUGACUGUCCGUGUUUACUAGAUUGGUUUCAUCAUUUAGGUUAUGGUUUUAUUGAAUUAACUCGUCAUGAUCAUUCGUUACAUUUAUUAGAACGAUUAAAUAAUAAUCCAGAAAUAUUUGGUGAAAAUAAACGUCCGAUUGUUCAAUUUUCUAUUGAAAAUAAACAAGCGUUACAUUUAAAAGAAAAACGAUUCGAACGAAUAAAGGCAAAAAAUGAAUUAUUAAAAAAUCCUGCAAAUAAGACAUUGUUAUUUAACAAUGGAAAUAAUCAACGAAAAAUAAUUGACAUUCAGAAGAAUGAUUAUGAACAUCAACAGUCAAAAAAUAAUGGUGAAAAGCGUUUAAGUGAAUUGAUAAAAACGCCUGAACAUCAGAAACAAGAUAUUGACCGUCUACCAAAAGUUGACGGGCAAAAACCGCCAAUAUCAAAAAGGAAAAAACGAAAACAAAAGCAAAAAAAUGAAAUUAAAGAUGAACUUGAUGUCCUUGAAAAUAAUAGUGAAACACAAGAUCAUUUACAACAUCAUCCAAUGCAAUGUUUAUUGACAAAUCAAUUGCAUGAAGUAUUUUAUGGUGGUGAAUCAAUACCUUGUCGAUCAAUUGUUUCAUUAUGUUGUCCAUAUUGUGGUCAAGCAGGAUUUUUAACGCAAGAUCUUUUAACUCAUUUAAUUCAACAACAUUCAACCUCACAAAAUUUACAACCAGAAGAAGUAAUAUGUCCACUAUGCAUUAUUCAACCAGAUGAAUAUCAAAAUUAUCGUACCUCUUCUCUUAUCGAACAUAUUCUAAGUGCACAUGAACAUGAACAAACAACACCCACAUUUGGUACUGCUUCCUCGGCCGAUGAACGACCGAGAUAUUUGACAACAGCGCGAGGAAGAGGACGACAUACAGAUGAUUUAUUUGGUGAUCAUCCUCGACGAACAAUAACACGACAAUCAACAAUUCGAAAUAGGGCAACCGGUGAUCCAAUUUCAGACUUAGUUUCACAAUUAGUUGGUAGUACUACAUCCUCGGGAACGCCAACACCAACUACAACUAGUGAAUUAAUUCGUUUACAACAACAAUUGGAAAACAAUAGUGAUAGAAUGUUACAAUUGAAAUCAACGUUACUACAAGCAAAACAAGCCCAACACAAACAGCAAUUAAUUGCUGCCGCUGCUGCUGCUGCUUCACCUGCUACAUCGUUUAAUUUUGAUAAUUAUUAUUUACAACAAUCAAAAACAUUAAAUAAUAAUAAUAGUAAUGAAAAAGAUCAACGCUCAUUAUUAGGAAAAUUAUCGAUUUCUGGAUCGCGGUCAUCUAAUGAUAAGAAAAAACAUCAGCAACAAAGACAUCUUGAUUUUAUUCAAACGGUUUUGUUGAGUACAUUGGGUGGUGCUGCUAACAGCAAUGGUGAGAAUGCUGUUGAUGGUGAUAAAACUGCUCAAGAUGAAAAAGAAAAUGAACAUUGA